AUGGAUAAUUUAACUAAUCAAACAACUGAAGAUGACAUUGCUAAUACACAAAUCCGAUCAUCAAGAGAAACAUCCUCAAGAACUAAUUGUGAACAGGAAAGAUUUCAAGGGUUGUUACAUGAAUUAUCUACACUUAUUAAAGGGAGACUACCAAAACCAAUGAUGAGGAUGAAG